CCGGAAAAGAUCAUAUGCCUACCAGGAAAUGAUAAAUUGAUAAAUAUUGGCGAUACGUGAAGUUUUAGUCGAUCUUAAUUACAUUCGGAAACGGUACAUGUAACUUAGAAUGUAGGAUUUGAUAUCAUGCAUCAUAUAAAGGUAUACUGAAACAAAAUGGGAUCUACGACAAAAGCUGCUGAAAGGAAAGUGAUUAUAGAAUUAACAGAACUGCUCAAGAAAAAUUCUGAUAAAUUAUUGUCGGGGGAGACAAACUUGUGUCUUACCACAAGCUCACUGAGUGUUCUAGCAGUGAAUUUCCGGAGGUUCAGUGAGAAUACUGGAGAAGGCGAAUCAUCAGGAACUCAUUCUGGAAAAAACAGGAAAAAAGAUGAGAUAGAUUUAAAAACAUGGAAAGAAAACAUCAGAAUAUUGAUAGAUUUUGUCUGGAAAGUAAAAGCUUUAAAGAUUAUCCAUGGCUCGUACACCAUGAAGGCACCCAUACAGAUCCACAGGUUCAGGUCCUUACAAGUGUUGGAAGUGAAGAGGGUACCAAUCCAUAUGGUUGAAGGACUAUCGAAAUUGAGGGGUCAGCUACAGGAGUUAACUGUGUCCAAAAGUUUGCAGACAUUAAAGGACUUGUUGGAGAUCUGUGGUGGGGACAGGACCCCAGGUUUAGUAUGGCCUCAUUUGAAAACAGCAUAUCUCAGUUUCAACACGUUACAGGAGCUUGACCAGUCACUGAAUUAUAUUCCAUUUAUUGAAGUGAUAGACUUGAGUCACAACAGCAUAACUAAAACUGGAGACUGUCUACAGAGUCUGUUAGAAUUAAAGAGAAUCAACUUUGGCUAUAACAUGCUGAAGUCAGUGCCUCAUUUUUCCUCUGCGAGAAGAAUGAAAGUGAAAACAUUGGUAUUGCGCAAUAACAACUUGGAGAGUCUAGAUGGUAUAGAAGAGCUGGUUGCCUUGGAGGAACUGGAUGUAUCAGAGAACUUCCUGCUGGAUCACAGGGUCCUGCAAGGUCUGGCAGCCCUCAAAAGACUUCAAGUGCUCUGCUUGCUUGGAAAUCCUUUGAGUUACAGGACUGACCAUAGGAACCUGUCACUACAGUACAUACAUCCACAUGCUGGACUGGGUGUGUUUUUGUUGGAUGGAAAAAAACUUUCUCACCAUGAAAUUGAAGUUUUACAAGAAAAUCAGUACCGAAGUAUUUAUGAUCGGGAAACCCCAAGUGUUUUAAAUGGUUCUGGUAAGCAUGAUCUCAGAGAGCCGGAAUCAAAUAUAGCUGUUUCCCAGCUCAGUCCCCAUGGCAGCAAGAAGAAACGGGGACACAGGAGAAAACGAAGCAAGGGGAGAUUACCAAAGAUUGCAAAUAUUGAAGACUCUCUAGAAGAAGAAUACUUGGCCAAGUCAUCAGGUAAUUCACCAUCUACAUCCUAUGUAGAGGAUUCUGAACUUGAAGCUCAGAGACAAGAAGAUGAGAAGUAUUACGAGAGAAUGAGAGAAUAUUAUAAAGAUGAUUGGUUAAAUGCUUUGUCAGCCAACCAAAGUGAUAUGUUGCAGAAGAACCAGGCUGACACAACACCUGAAGAUGUUCCAGACACUCAUCAUGGCGAGAACAAAAAUUUGAAAGAGAAUGGUAUCAGUAAAGAGGAAAAAGAGAAAGAUGAAAAUCUGUAUAAAGGCGAUACUAAAGAGACACCACAACCUGUGGUUGAAGAGGUCAUACAUCCAGAAGUCCAUAGCCCAGUUACCUCUCCUGGCUCCCAGGGUCAGGGGCCAGUUCUCUCCCCUACAUCCCCACCGGGUGUCAAGAUUGGAGAAACAACAGAUAUUUAUUCCUUGCCGAAGUCAGAAUCUGGUAGCAAAACUAAGGAAAAGAAUACUAGAAGAAUUUUCCACAUGUAUUCAGAUGACGCUCCUGAUUCUCCAACAUCACCUACAGAAGAUAAUUCUGAACAGUAUGGAUCAGAAUGUGAGCCAUUCAUCAUGAUGUUACCAGAUGAUGAGAUGAAACAGUUGAUUGUGACGAUCAAUCAGAGAUUUAUCACAGAGAAAGAUCUCAGUGGGAACAAAAUAGCUGCCUUAGAUCUCAAAAGUUUGAAGAGAAUAAGAAGAACAGAGGAGAAAUGCUAUGGGCAUGAUAUUAUUGGAGGCUUUGUGUUUACAAUACUCAAUCUGGACUUUGAUUAUGUACGUAAGGAUCUGAGGCACAGACGAUAUGCUGUGGAGUCGGAGGAUGAGGCUAGAAGGUUUGAAUUACUUUCAUCACUUCAUAUAAAGUCUGACAGAGUGGAAAAGGACCAAAUGCAGUGUUUGAAGUGUCACCAUGAUUUUGAAGUGGGUUCUCAAGAAUCAACAGAUUUAAUUAAAUGCCCAAAAUGUGCCAGUAAAAUGCUGAUCAAGUCAGAAACAGUAAAAGUUUCCUCAUCAAUGAAUGAGAAAACAGGUGAAAAAUCAGUUGAAUCAUCGUUAGAGGUUGAAAGAGGGACAGAAAACAAAUCCAAAAUCUGGCGUCGUUCAACAGUUCGGAGAAGUAGAAGAGGUCGUGAACCUGUUAAAGAUGAUGCAUUUGAUGAAACAGACUCCAGUGUAGUGGACAGCAUCGAGAUCCCUGAGAAAUCAAGUUUAGCUGACAGAUAUAGCCUUGGAAGUAGUUUAAAAGAUCAUGUUGAUCAGUUGAUACCAGUGAUGCUACCUGGUCUGUCUACAAAUGGAAAUACACAAGCUGAGUCAGAAACAAAAGAAGAACUCUCAGCAACCUCUGGGUGUGAACAGACAAACAGCCAGUCAGUGACAGAAAUUUCUUCACUUAAGAAUAAUUCAUCAUGGUCAGACGUACGAAAAUCUGGUGCUUAUAAAUCAGGUCCCCGAGAUAGCGUGUCGUCUGUGGAGAGUGACAUUACUGUGCUUGUUGGAAAUUCAACCAGUCGUGGAAGUAUUGCUGUUAUAUCAGAAUCCAGUAACGAACUUCUCAGAACUUCGGCCACAAAUUUAGGACAAAAUACUAGGGAUAAAAGUGGUGACAAUGGUCAUGUGACUUCAGGCAAUAACAUUGUAACAAAUAAUACAGGUAUUAGUGGGACAAAAGAAGGGCAGUUAACUCCAGUUGGUUCCCCACUUACUAACAGUGUAUGCUCCAGCAUGGUAUCUAGUGUAUAUGAGAAUACUCUAGCUGGUAGCGGGGAGGACGCUACUUCCACGAAAAAUGGUGCUAAAGUUAUUGAAGCAAGUCUGAAUGAAGAUGAUAUUGCAGAAUCUGUGCCAAUUAGACGUUCAAAAAGUGGCAAAAAUGGCAGGCGAUCAAAUCACAGAAAUGUUACUAUUUAUGAUCAAGAUUUAAGUGUGGGACAGUUUGACAGUAAUGUCUCCGCUACAGUACAAGAUGCAGUAAGCAAAUCUGGUAGUAGGGAAGCAAGCAUUUAUGAUACUUCUGAUGCUUCUGAAAAAGACAGUACAAAAUUUGAAGAUGCUCAUGAGUCUAGUGGUCCGUCUAUCUAUGACACAGCAGUGUCUGAUGAUAGCAUAGAGACAAGUCAUGAUGACUCAGCAGAUUUGCUUUAUUCUAGAAGGUCACAUGAUGACUCUUUAACCAAUCAGCUUUUGUCUGGACAUUCAUCUCCACUGAGAAGAAAAGGAAGUUCAAGGUCAAGAAGUAGGAGUAGAAGUAGGUCAAGAAACAGAAGUGCAAUAUAUGUAGAAGAAAAAGUAGAGUAUGAGGCUGAGGAUAAAAAUAACAGUGCCAACAUCCCAGAAUUUCCUUCAGAACUUUCACCAAUUAAAAGGUCAAGGUCAUCAAGACAGUCAGCCAAAAAUCGAAGUGCUUUAUAUGUUGGUAACAAUAGUGAAAUCUCAGAUAAAGAAAACCAGUCUACAGAGACAUCACCACAGUCUGCUCAGAAUUUAAAUGAAACUGACAAAGUCAGUGAAAUAAGUCAGGAAUCAUCAUCUAGUGUUCAGUUGCCAUGGGAACAAAGUGGGAACCAGUCACCUGAGAAAAGUAGGAGAGAUGAAAGUUUGAACCAUGAUGAAUUUGUUAACAUUGACCAUAAUAUUAAACUCCAUUUGGAGUUACAAGUGUUCAAAGCAGAAGAGACAGCUCAGUGUGCAAUCCAGGUUAGUUAG